ACCGGGCCAGUCCGCUCGUCCGCCCCCGCGCGCCGCACCUCGCCCCGCCGACUCGCGCAAUCGCGGCUAACAGUUUUAUUUCCCCGAAUAAACUUUAUCAAACAAAGCGUGUGUGCCCCGCGCCCUGCAUCUGCUCGCCCAGCUGUUCCCGCUGCAGCUGGCCUCCCCGUCUCGCUCUAACUCGCUCACCUGCCGUCGCGUCGCGUGAACGAGAAAACAAGCGCCCGUGUAACGCAGCGAGACCCUUCCAUUCCCUGUGAGCUUGGCAGUCUGCAUCCCGCCGCCGACCGACAAGCAAUGACGAGUAAACGUAAACACGAACCCGAUGUUGAACGCGAUUCUAAGAGUGGACGCUGUCGCAUGCGUUCUCGCAGCGAACCUACGCUGCACCAGGGCGAUAGUCCCCCUAAGAAAAGGCGUACCGGGCGAAUUUCUGUCGACAACCAACCGGCGUUUGAUGACGAGGCAGACCCUGUGAAGAAUGAAGUGUUUGGUGAUGAAAAUGAAGACCCUCUUCUGGACUCGGUACCUGUGGAUAUGGAUCCGGAGCAGCUUGGAUUUCUGGUAUGCGCUCAAGAGACUCUGCGUUUCCUGCACGGGCGUGGCAUACCACCGCACCACCCAAUGUUCGCGAGGCUGCGCUCGCGCCUGCUCCGGGGGAUUGAUGAGAUGUCGGUGGCCUGAGCAAUGCUGGGCCCGGAGCCCCAAAGAAACUAAUCUCUCCGCACCUGACCUUCACUUCUAAACUACAGUGUUCCUUGUUUACAAAGUGUCUUUCGUGUUUUGCUUCACGUGUCUAAAAAUUUCCCUUCACGUUUUCCUUCAAGGGCUCGGGUUUUUAAGAAAUUGACUAUGCGUACUUUGUGUGCAGUUACUGAACGGAAUCAACAGGUGGCCCGGCAGGGCAUUCUAGUCACUAUCUAGUCAAGAUUAAGGAGUAUAAUUAAGAGUCAAUUUAAUGUUAACGUCGAAUUUAAGAAGACGUCCAAUCAAUAAUUCUUGCCAUUGUUAUGUUGAUAUCUGUAUAUUUAUUUCCAUGCUGUGUUAUUGUAGCUUUUAAUAAAUUAAAUUAUGAUAUUUAAAAAAUUUUAAUAGGACAAUAAUGAAUUUUUCCUAUUUAAUUCGUAUUGUUCCGUAUGGAAUAAUGAACGUAGUUAGUAGUAUUAAUAUAAAUAUUUAAACAUUGUAACAUUUAC